UGCAUAUAUAAUAUAUAUUUUAUGUUAUGUUAUAUAUACAUGUUACUCCCCACAUUGAUAUCAGCAUACAUGUAUUGCUUAAUGCCUAAGAUUUAUCAUUUGUCAAACUCCACUGUACAAAGUCCACACAAAUUAUUAAGUUGUAUGCUUUUUACCUUUCCCAAACUCUACUUUGCUAUAUAUAAUAUACUCACUUGGCUUACCACUAUCAACUCAUCGGCGAUCACUCGUCGCCUCAAGAUCGGAUUUCAUACAGAGUUGACUCGCCGGUUAACUCGGUCACACCUCAUGGCCUCCACCGGAUCGGACCUCUCUUCAGCUUCAUCUUUUCUGGUGCACAACAUACUUGAAGCUAGAGGAAAGCAAAAGCAUAAAAUGGCAGAUAAUAAUGUUGAGCUACUGUUAUUUUGGGGAGGUGAAAUAACAAAGAAUGGAGAUAUGGGGUCUGUGGAUUUUUCAAAACCACCAAAGGCUAUGUGUUUCUUGAGCCGUAGCAGCAGCAGCUAUGAUGGGCUCGUGAGAAUAGUGCACGCGGUCAUGAAUACCUAUGCAAACAAUACCAGACUCGUUUUGUUUGGUAGGUGCCCGAUGAUUAGUCCUGGGGGGCAAACCGUGCUCGUUCCUGUUCCACUAAUCGAUGACCAGUCAUGGAAAUGGUUUCUGCAAGUGACAUCACGGUCACAGUCUAUACAUGUGUAUGCCAUAGCUGAAAGGAGAACAGAUGAUGGGCAAUCGUGCGGUCAGGAAGCACCACUUCUCAGGGGGAAGACUUAUCCUUGGGAUAGUAAUGGUGAAAGGGUUGUCACUUUUGUCGGUUUUUGUUCACAGAUGUUCAACAAAGCUGUGAUGGAGCCUGAGUUUUCUGAGAUGUUUGCAGAUAUUUUUUAUCGCCUUAGCAGCAUGCUGCCCGAGUUUUAUGUGAAUAAUGAGACAUAUUCCUUUAAAAGGUUACUUCUUAAUCAGUGCCAGGAGGAAUUUGAGAAGGGUAAAGCAGAUAGAGAGUUUGCAUCUGAUCAGGAAAAGGUGAUACAUAUGAGGAGGAGGAAGUGGGGAAACAUUAAACUAAUCGGGGAAUUGUACAAGAAAAAGAUGCUAACAGAAAGAAUCAUUCAUGAGUGCAUCAAAAAAUUACUCGGGGGGCAGUAUGAGUAUGAGAAUCCAGACGAGGAAGAUGUUGAAACGCUUUGCCACCUGAUGCAGACAGUUGGUGAGACCAUAGACCACCCCAAAGCCAAGGAGCAUAUGGAUUUGUAUUUCGAGACGAUAUCAAAGUUGAUAAAUCACCCAACUUUGUCUUCUAGACUGAAGGAAAUGUUGGUUCACUUGGUUGAUUUGAGGGAAAAUAAGUGGCAGAAGAUGGGGAAAGUUGAAGGCUCCAAAAUGUUCGAGGAUUUUCACCCGACGUCCUAAUGCAUACCCUCUAGUAUAGGGUGCCUUGGCUCGUGUCCUGCCACGAACAUUGGGGGUUUAUGCUAUAUAUAUUUUGUCAUCAUGCAUAUAUCACCUCUGUUAUCUGCAAUAUAAUUCUGCAUCAACUCCCUAAGCCUAAUUAAAUGUCUGCAUUUUCUUCA